UCCAGCCGUGCUGCAGAGGGCUGCUCGUUCCCAGAGAUCCUCAGAGCUCCAGGACGCCCAGUCUCUGCGCUGCCUGCAGCCUAGACACAGCAGCCCAGACACGGACACACACCCUGCUGCUGCCCCCACCAUCCCGCUUCUCCUGGAACACCUGUUUGGAUUAUUAAUGGAUGGGAAAAACAGAGGGAAGUUUUAAAGUGAGUAAAUUGGGGGUGUUUGCAGUUUGAAGAGAAGAGAUAACAGAGGACCCCUCUAUCCUGGACCUCAAACUUGUAGAAAAACUGACUGGCUAUCUUCAGAAACAGGCUUUUUCUAUAACUGGAAAUAUUUUUAAACUGGGCAGAGUCUUAUGAAACAGUUUCGAAGUAAUCUUAGCAUUUCUUUUUAGUUGAUUUUUGACCCCCGUCCCCCCACACGCAAUUUUAUGGAUUUCUGGACUUGCUCUAUCUAAUUGAAAUUUAUUGGAAACUUUGCCAACAUACAAAUUGUUGUUUUCAGUGGAUUGGAAAUUUCUGGGAACAUUUCUGGAUUUUUACUGAAUUAUUUACAGAUUUCGUAGCAACAGGUCGUCCUGAACUCCUCUGGUUUGAGUUUAAAAGGAAACUGUCAUAUUACGUUUUGCAUCAUGGCUCUGUCAGUCGGUCUGUGGCUGUGUCUGUAUCUGUUGCUGCUGCUUACUGAUGCAAAGAGUGUUGGGCAACAUGACGGGCAGCACAGCAAUAAUGAUAAACCUUCCUCCCCUGUCGAACCAAAGCCCCUUUGGAUUGGCAAACCGGUCAAAACCCAGGAUGAAUCUCACGUCCUUGACAAGAGCCUCCCCCUACCUGAGGUGCUGGACCUGGACCUUGACCGUAACCGCCGCCAAGCCCGUGGUGCGGAUGAGGAGGAGCAACAGUCCACCUUUGGUGAUUCCUUUGAAAAUGAAUGGGUUACAGCGCCUCAAGUUACUGAGUUCAGCAAUAAAACGGCUACAGUGGUUCAUGAAGAUGACAACCUCCACACAAACAGCUCCAACACUGACCAUGAUGCUCCAGGACUUUUCAACCCCUUUUACCCCCUGAUGGAGAGCUCAUAUGCAGCCUACGCCAUCCUGUUCCUGGCCGGCCUGGUGCUGGCAGUGGGCGUAGUAGGAAACAUGGCAGUCAUGUGCAUUGUCUGGAACAACUAUUACAUGAGGUCAGCCUGGAACUACCUACUGGCCAGCAUGGCAUUUUGGGACUUCCUGGUUCUGGUUCUGUGCCUUCCUGUGGUGGUCCUCAACCAGCUAUCCCAUAGGAGGAUCCUAGGUGACAUCACCUGUCGCAUGGUGCCUUAUAUGGAGGUUGUGUCUCUGGGCAUCACCUCCUUCACUUUGUGUGCUCUGGGUAUCGAUCGCUUCCACGCUGCCACCUCGUCCUCCCAGCCAAAGGCUCGGCGGGUGGAGCGCUGUCGCUCAGUGCUGAUGAAGAUGGUGCUGGUGUGGCUCUCUGCUCUGCUGCUGUCCAGCCCUGAAAUCUUCCUAUGGCAGCUCAGCCAGGCCGUGUCUCCAUCCACCGGCCGGCUGGUCGACUCUUGCACCAUCACGCCCUCCUCUCCUCUGUCCCUCUACCUGCCUGAUUCCCUUCACUCCCUGCUGCUCAGGUAUCACCAGGGUCGUAUGUGGUGGUGUUUUGGCUGCUACUUCUGCCUCCCUGUCCUCUUCACCAUCCUUUGCCAAAUGGCCACCCGGAAUGUCAACAGCGACUCCAGCGCCACCCAAAAGCAGCGUAACCUCGACGAACGCUCCAACCAGAAGCGUCAACAACACCAAACCUUGGAGCGACAGCUGAACUGCACUCUACUCGCUCUAGCUGUCGUGUAUGGCGUGUGUGCUCUCCCCGAGCAUGUCUGCAACAUCACGCUGGCCUACACGCACAUCACCAUCUCCGAAGACACCGCCACCAUGCUGGUGCUGUUACAUCACUUCCUGUUGUUCUUCAAGUCAUCAGUGACGCCGGUGCUGCUGCUGUGCCUGUGUAAGGCUCUUGGCCAAGCCUUUAUGGACUGCUGCUGCUGCUGCUGUCAGGAGUGUCAGCCAACCGGAGCCCAAGGCUCUCCAGGACCUCCCCAGGUCAAACUCAAGGGGGCCAAUGAGACGUCCAUCUUCUUUGAUAAGGCUAAAGACACCUCAGCCAUUUUGUCCAUCUCUAGCUAGAGCAACAAGUCUGUCUCUGACUGUAGAUCAUCUCUUCUUCUCUUAGUUUUUCCUCCUUUGCUCCUUUCUACAACAUUACCUGUAUACCCAUCGUCUCCUUCUACACAUUGUUUCCAUUUUUCCCUAUUUUGAAAAUAUUUUUCAACUUUCUGUCUGUUCUCUUUUCUUCUACCGGAAUAUCGUUUGUAUGAUACUCCCAUGUGGACUCAGAGUUACCCCCUUCAGCUUCCUGUCAGUGCAGGAAGUCAUGUUUAAUCUGUAGCAAGACUAGAAGAAGAUGGUGUACUUGCACAACCAGUUGUUAUAAAUGCAGGAGCCUGUUUCAGGACUCUGAAAGAACUCAUCUCUCUGGCCUCCUGCUGCACAAUAUAUGGAAAUGUCUUGAAAGUCUUCCUUGGUUACGCUCCUUAGAUCGAUGCUGUGAGGCUCGAGUUUGUUGUGGUUUUUUGGAACAUUAAUUUAAACUCAUUUAUAUGCAACAUUAGUUUGGUGCAAAGCAUAGAAGUUUCCUGCUGUGAUAAGAGGUGAACUGGGCUGAGCAUAAAUUUGAAAUGAGUAUGACAUUUUAAUAAAAACAUUUGAUCUGCUUAAAUAUAAAAUGAAAAACUUCUGGAACUGAUUGAACUGAAACAUUUCAUUGACACAGACCAGCCCGAAACAGCUUCACAUUAGUUAAACAAAUGUUGCUGUUGAGGCAGAAAUAAUCCUGUGAAACCCUUUCCUGUAAAAUGGGAUACACGUUAUCCUGGAUGUACAUUUUACUUUUUCUUUAUCAACAGUUUCUGGUUAUGAACUAGUUUGUGUUUGCAUGUUAGUUUCUCCAGUGGAAAAACAAUGCUAACGUACAGAGGGUUAACUUUAGCUUCCCAAAUUUAAUUUAGAGUGCACUCACACCUGCACUUUUUAAUUCAGUUAAAUCUGAUUCUCAAUAUGAAUCAUCUGGGUGUGACUACAGUGAUGAACCAACACAACAAGGACCUUUACAGGUGGUUUUAUUCUGGUCCCAAACAAACUUUGGAACAGUUCGUUUAUGGGUGGGAUGAUGAGCUGCUCAUAUUCACAUAACUUUGCUCUUUGUGUACAGAGUAAGUGUUUAAAAAUGCUUUUAGAAAUGUUUGAACAUUUCAACCAAAAGUAAAUAAGUUUAGACCUUAAAACUAUUUUUCUUUGAAAACCAGAAAAUUCCAAGAACUUUGAUGGAAAUCAAUGGAAAUUCCUAAAAGUUGAUGGAUUGGAUUUAUAUAGCACUUUUCAAGGCACCCAAAGCGUUUUACAAUGCCACUAUUCAUUCACACACUGGUGGAGGCAGCUACGGUUGUAGCCACAGCU